GGUCCCCCUUCUUCAAACAGUUCCACUCGGUUAUCUAUACAUAUAUAUAUAUAUAUAUAUACACAAGAUAUAUUACAAAACAACUACUUGCCCAUUUAUGAAUCUCGCGUUUCUCUUUUUUGAUGAAUAAUCUCGCAUUUCUCUUAUUCUAAAGUAACAAGGCCAAAUAUAUAUAGCUUUACAGCUAGCUAGCUAAGUGCAUUUUAGAUCCUGACUUGGUAUUCAAAUAUAUGAAGCAAAGGCUGUGAUAGUUGUUAGAAGAAGACCUUAAAGAAUGGCAGGAGGAGCAUCAGAAGGACGAUCUCUGGAGGACACACCAACUUGGGCAGUUGCCUUCGUUUGUUUUGUGCUUGUUUUGAUUUCAAUUAUCAUUGAACAUAUCCUACAUUUGAUUGGAAAGUGGUUGGUAAAGAGGAACAAACGAGCUCUUUGUGAAGCACUUGAAAAGAUAAAAUCAGAGCUUAUGCUGUUGGGGUUCAUAUCAUUGCUGCUGACAGUAGGACAAGGACCCAUUUCGAACAUAUGCAUAUCUAAAGCUAUAGGUAAUACUUGGCAUCCAUGCAAUAAGAAGCAAGAGACUGAAUUACUUCAUCAUAAGGAUGAACAUAAAAAUUCAGAUCACGAAAACGGCGGCCAUAGAAGGCUUUUACUGGUUUCAGAUCCCGGUGACAGUGCGCGGCGUGUUUUGUCCGGGGGAGGAGCUGACAAAUGUGCUGCCAAGGGCAAAGUACCAUUUGUUUCAGCCGAUGGCAUUCACCAGCUCCAUAUAUUCAUAUUCGUACUAGCAGUCUUCCACGUGCUUUACUGUAUAAUAACCUUAAUAUUGGGCAGAGCAAAGAUGAGAAGGUGGAAAGCAUGGGAAAGGGAAACAAGAACACCUGACUACCAAUUUUCAAAUGACCCUGAGAGGUUCAGAUUUGCAAGGGAGACAUCAUUCGGAAGAAGGCAUCUGAACUUUUGGAGCCAGUCCCCUAUUCUGCUAUGGACUGUUUGCUUUUUCAGACAAUUCUUUAGAUCUGUACCUAAAGUUGAUUAUCUGACCCUGCGCCAUGGGUUUAUUAUAGCACAUUUGGCACCUCAAAGUCAAACUAGGUUUGAUUUCCAGAAUUAUAUUAAUAGAUCUCUUGAGGAGGAUUUCAAUGUUGUAGUUGGGAUCAGCCCCACAAUCUGGUUCUUUGUUGUAGUAUUCCUAUUGUUUAAUACAAAUGGCUGGCGUUCUUAUCUAUGGCUACCCUUUGUUCCAUUGAUUAUUAUCUUAUUGGUAGGUACAAAGCUACAAGUCAUCAUAACAAAGAUGGGCCUAAGGAUCCAAGAGAGAGGAGAGGUGGUUCGUGGGACCCCGCUGGUUCAGCCAGGUGAUGACCUCUUCUGGUUUAACUGGCCGCGCCUCAUCCUCUACCUCAUCCACCUUGUUCUCUUUCAGAAUGCCUUUCAGCUUGCUUUCUUAGCAUGGACUUUGUAUGAAUUUGGGUUGAAAUCUUGCUUCCAUGAGAAGGUCGAAGAUAUAGUCAUCAGAAUAUCAAUGGGGAUUCUCAUCCAAAUACUGUGCAGCUAUGUGACUCUUCCUUUAUAUGCAUUGGUAACACAGAUGGGUUCGAAAAUGAGGCCUGCCAUCUUCGACCACAAAGUAGCAACAGCUUUACGAAAAUGGCACCACACCGCAAAGAAACACGUAAAGCAGAGCAAGCAUUCAAGUUCAACCAGUUUGCCAGGGACACCAACACAAUCCAUGUCCCCCGUGCAUCUAUUGCGCAAUCAACAAGGCGAAGGAGAAGACAGUGGUGAAACAUCCCCAAGAAUGUCCAAUUUCAAGAAUGAAGGUUGGGAGAGGGAAGGGUCCCUCUCACCACCCCAUCCUCCUUCAACUCAUCAUGGUUUUCCAGUUCAGCAUGAGAUUGACAUUCAAACCAGGGAAUUUUCAUUUGACAAAUCCUAAGAGAUUUGAAAGAUUAGUUAAAAGGAAAAACUAAUAGCCUGCAGCAAUAAUAUAACUGCAAAACUCUAUACAAUCGUGGAUUAUCAUUUUUGUUUCUUGUACAUUUAUUGUGAAUAACAGUGGUUGGCAGAAACUCAGAAAAUGUAAAUAUAUCAUAAAUCUGUUGCAAUCA